UAAACUCUCCGCGGCUCUGGUAAUGUUGGCGGGAGCAGGGAGGCCGCCUAUCUGGUGUUCUCUACUGUUCGGCCCGGGCUGCAGGGGGUCGCGGGCGCUGCGGUGGAGUUCCGCUGCCCGUCGGCACGAUGCGGGUGGCUGUGGCCGGCUGCUGCCACGGCGAGCUGGACAAGAUCUACGAGACCCUGGCGCUGGCGGAGCGGCGCGGCCCGGGGCCGGUGGAUCUCCUCCUGUGCUGCGGCGACUUCCAGGCGGUGCGCAACGAGGCCGACCUGCGCUGCAUGGCCGUGCCGCCCAAGUACCGCCACAUGCAGACCUUCUACAGAUACUACUCUGGAGAGAAAAAGGCCCCAGUUCUCACAAUCUUCAUUGGAGGAAACCAUGAAGCCUCAAACCAUUUGCAAGAGUUACCCUAUGGUGGUUGGGUAGCACCAAAUAUUUACUACUUAGGUUUGGCUGGUGUUGUAAAAUACCGAGGUGUAAGGAUUGGUGGGAUCUCUGGCAUCUUUAAAUCUCAUGACUAUCGAAAAGGUCAUUUUGAGUGCCCCCCUUAUAAUUCAUCUACCAUAAGGAGUAUAUAUCAUGUGAGAAAUAUAGAGGUCUACAAAUUAAAACAGUUAAAGCAGCCUAUAGAUAUAUUCUUAUCUCAUGAUUGGCCAAGAAGUAUAUAUCAUUAUGGAAAUAAGAAGCAGCUUCUUAAGACCAAAUCUUUUUUCCGCCAAGAAGUGGAAAAUAACACGCUAGGGAGCCCUGCCGCCUCCGAGCUGCUGGAGCACCUAAAGCCCGCAUACUGGUUCUCUGCACACCUGCACGUGAAGUUUGCAGCUUUGAUGCAGCAUCAGGCCACGGAUAAAGAACAAGCAGGCAAAGCAACCAAGUUUUUAGCCUUGGACAAGUGCUUACCACACAGAGACUUUCUUCAGGUGUUAGAAAUAGAACAUGACCCCAGUGCUCCUGAGUACCUAGAGUAUGAUGUUGAAUGGCUUACUGUUCUCAGGGCUACUGAUGACCUGAUCAAUGUGACCAGCGGCCUGUGGAACAUGCCGGAAAACAAUGGUCUGCAUACAAGGUGGGAUUAUAGUGCAACUGAAGAAGCUAUGAAAGAAGUAAUGGAAAAAUUGAACCAUGACCCUAAAGUUCCCUGUAACUUCAGCAUGACAGCUGCUUGUUAUGAUCCUAGUAAGCCACAGACACAAGUGCAGCUGGUUCACAGGAUCAAUCCACAGACUACUGAAUUUUGUGCCCAGCUUGGUGUCACAGACAUUAAUGUCAUGCUUCAGAGGGCCAAGGAAGAGCAGCCCCUACGUGGUGAAUAUGAACAGCAGGGUGACCUGGGGACCGAUGACUCAGGAGAAGACCGGAGUGAAUACAACACAGACACCUCUGCCCUGUCCUCCAUUAAUCCAGAUGAAAUCAUGUUGGAGGAAGAAGAAGAGGAAGAAGAAGUUGUAUGUGCUCACAGUGACACGCACACGCCUUCUGUAGAACCUUCUGACCAAGUGUCUGACCUUUCCACAAGCUUCUCCGACAUCAGAAACUUGCCAGGUUCCAUGUUUGUGUCUUCUGAUGAUGCAUCCCCCUCUCCCGCUAGUGGGGAGGAGAGACCUGGUGAAACUGUGGAGUCUGGGGACGAGAAGGACUUAACCGAGUUUCCGCUGAAGAGGCUGAGUAAUGAACAUGAACCUGAGCAAAGAAAGAAGAUAAAGAGGAGGAAUCAAGCCAUCUAUGCUGCAGAUGAUGACGAUGAUGAGUAGGGCAGUGGGCUGGGCACAGUGAUGUAGGUAUGUGAUUUCAAAACCCUACUUUUUGGGUUGAAUUCCUGAUUUAUGACUGGACUUUGUAAUAAUGAAAUGAUAGAAUUUUGGCUAUAUAUCAGCUUUGUUUUUAGGUGUAUGUUUGUAUGUUUCAGAUAAAAACUUAUUAAAAUUUCAUAUGAAAUUUGA